CUGAUUGGCUGCUGAAGGCUUGGUCCCAUCCCAGUGACCCCAAAGUGCUGGAGGGAGGGGGCGGGGGUGGCCCAGUGCAAAGUGCAUCCCGAAAGCCCCCUGCCUGUAGCCUCCGCGGCUGGCACUUAGGACCCUGUAUGACCCGGGACCUCGCUGCCCCGAGACCUCCCGUGUGCCCCCGUAGCUGGGAGCCUUCGGCCCCAAGCGCGGCAGCCCCUGCUCCGAGCUCUCAGACCCGGGCUGCCCCCCCACUCGAGCCGGGACUUCCUCCCUGCACCCCUGCCCCGAGGCUGCCCGGCGGUCAGGACCGUCGCCCCAGUUCUGCUCGACCGUCCGGAUGCUCGCCGGGUUGGGGCCGUGAGGCACCGAGAAGGAUCAGGAACACCCGUGUCCGGCCCUGCCUGGAGUGUUUGUUCAAUGGAGAAGUUGGUGAGUGUGGAGAAGGCUGAAAGGAGGAAGAGAAGCAGCAGCUGAAGAGACAGGUCUUAGCUGGCUAGAGGAGACGAGACAGCAGGAAGGGGUCAAGCCACCCACCAGAGAAGCAGCAGAGAGCCUCUGACCAGCAUCCUCUUUAAAGGUUAAGAAAUCUCAUUCAUGCCGCAAGCUGGACACACACUGAGCCUCCUCCUCACGAUGCUGUAUGUGCACAAUGGUUAUUAGGCAAUCCACGUAUCAGGAGAAGGGACAUUCUUCCAUAAGGCUGUUCCCUGUGACCUAAUGAAUCCUUUGUAAAAAGCGGACUCAGCUAGGAUGUUACAUCACCACUGUCGAAGGAACCCUGAGCUCCAGGAAGAAUUGCAGAUUCAGGCUGCAGUGGCCGCUGGGGAUGUUCACACAGUCCGGAAGAUGCUAGAACAAGGCUAUUCUCCCAAUGGCCGGGAUGCUAAUGGCUGGACCCUGCUUCAUUUCUCUGCAGCACGAGGGAAGGAAAGAUGUGUUCGAGUCUUUCUAGAACACGGAGCCGAUCCAACAGUUAAGGACUUGAUCGGAGGCUUCACUGCUCUUCACUACGCGGCCAUGCAUGGCCGGGCCCGGAUCGCACGCCUGAUGUUAGAAUCUGAAUACAGGAGCGACAUUAUUAAUGCCAAAAGCAAUGAUGGCUGGACUCCCCUCCAUGUGGCUGCUCACUAUGGUAGGGACUCAUUUGUCCGACUCCUACUGGAGUUCAAGGCUGAGGUCGACCCGCUCAGCGAUAAAGGCACCACCCCCCUUCAGCUCGCCAUCAUCCGAGAGAGGUCAAGCUGCGUGAAGAUCCUCCUGGACCACAAUGCCAACAUCGAUAUCCAGAACGGUUUCCUGUUGCGAUACGCGGUGAUCAAAAGCAAUCACUCUUACUGCCGAAUGUUCCUUCAGAGAGGAGCAGACACAAACUUGGGUCGCUUAGAAGAUGGACAGACUCCUUUACAUUUGUCUGCCCUUAGGGAUGAUGUACUCUGUGCACGGAUGUUAUAUAACUAUGGAGCGGACACAAACACAAGGAACUAUGAAGGACAGACCCCACUGGCUGUUUCAAUAAGUAUUUCUGGAAGUAGUCGACCGUGUUUGGAUUUCUUACAAGAAGUCACAAGACAGCCCAGAAACUUGCAGGACCUGUGCCGAAUUAAAAUUCGACAGUGUAUAGGCCUUCAAAACCUAAAGCUACUUGAUGAAUUACCAAUUGCCAAGGUCAUGAAAGACUACUUAAAACACAAAUUUGAUGAUAUCUGAUGUACACAGAACUGUGAGCAAGAUUAGGAGUUAUAUUCCAGAUACUUAAAAGGCUUUUUGCCUUGCACAAAGUAUAUCCUAUGCAAUUUCUGAUUUGCCGUGAAGUCAGAAAGCAGGUAUACACUUUUAGGUAUUUUGUUUGUUUAUUUGUUUGGUUUUCAUGGUCAGGGGAGGGAUUUUUUUAUAUAUAUGAACACACACACACACACACACACACACAGCACAUGCUUGAAGGUCUUAAUUUGGUUUCUUGGUCCAAGUUUAAGCGGUCCAAGCUUUCUAUACGAUACUGCAUUUACGAAAAUCGUUUUUCCGAAACGACACACGUAGCAUUGGAGUGGAGAAUUUCCCCUUUUUCAAACAUAUGGUUUCAUGGGCGUACACGAUGUUAUCAACCAGCAGAGUGCUUAUUAACCGGUUGGAGGCAUGGUUUCACCCAGGGGGGUCCUGGGUCCUACUGGAAAAUGCCUCAAGAAAUUUUU